AUGCUCUUGAAACCACUAACAAGAUCAUUCAGAUCAUCCCCGCUAUUUCAAUCACCUAAAAGAAUGGUUCACCAUAGAGUUACUAUUAUCGGUUCCGGCCCAGCCGCUCACACCGCUGCUAUUUACCUGGCGAGAGCUGAGAUUAAGCCCACAAUGUACGAGGGCAUGUUCGCCAACGGCGUCGCCGCAGGUGGCCAGUUGACCACCACAACAGACAUCGAGAACUUCCCAGGUUUCCCGGAGGGUAUGUCUGGCAGCGAGCUGAUGGACAGAAUGAAGAAGCAGUCUGAGAGAUUCGGCACCGACAUCAUUACUGAAACUGUGGCGAAGGUUGACGUCACUAGCAGACCUUUCAAGUUCUGGACUGAAUUCAACGAAGACGCCGAACCAAACACCACUGACGCCUUGAUCUUGGCCACCGGUGCCUCCGCAAAGAGAAUGAACCUCCCCGGUGAGGAGACCUACUGGCAGCAGGGUAUCUCCGCGUGCGCGGUUUGUGACGGUGCUGUGCCAAUCUUCAGAAACAAGCCUUUGGCUGUUAUUGGCGGUGGUGACUCUGCGUGCGAAGAGGCCUGCUUCUUGACCAAGUACGGUUCUAAGAUUUACAUGUUGGUCAGAAAGGACCAUCUGCGUGCGUCUACCAUUAUGCAAAGACGUGCCGAAAAGAACGAGAAGAUCGAGAUCCUAUACAACACUGUCGCGCUCGAAGCCAAGGGUGACGGCAAGUUCUUGAACGCCUUGAGAAUCAAGAACGUCCAGACCAACGAGGAGUCGGACUUGCCCGUCAACGGUCUCUUCUACGCCAUCGGUCACACACCAGCAACUUCCUUGUUGGCUGGCCAAGUCGACCUUCACGAGAAUGGCUACGUGAAGACCGUCCCAGGUUCUGCUUUGACCUCUGUGCCAGGUGUUUUCGCUGCUGGUGAUGUCCAGGACUCUAGAUACAGACAGGCUGUCACCUCUGCUGGCUCGGGCUGCAUGGCCGCCCUGGACGCUGAGAAGUUCUUGGCCGAGCAAGAAUAA